AACGAACUUCGACGCGUUUUCUUUACCAGCCUUUGACAUUGAGGUGCAUAUGACGGCCGUUAUGCCCUGCGACCAAGCCUAGCAACUCUACCGACGCGUUGUCCAUCUCUAAACGAUCCGCCAAAUAAGAAUCGCAGGACAGCGCGAAGCAGGCGCAAACAUGAAGCCGUGGCUCGACGACCUCUCGGAGGAGUGGGUUGAACCCGAUCCUCCCGCCGAUGAUGUCAAGGACAUGGCCGACUCUUCCGUAAUGCAGAUCUCCCAAAGCGUGCCACCUAAACCUCGCAGUCGACUUCCGCGCCUACGACACUCGUCCGGAUCCUUCUCGGAAAUACAGGUUCGACAUAUUGCGAGAGACCCCCGCUCUUCGAGGCCGACAAGUGUACUGGCUGCGCGCAGUCCCAAUGGACAAAACAUCAUGCCUGUGGUGGACGCUGAUGCGCCUAAGGUUCCCCGCUCCCGGACCGCAUCCCAAUCCUCCACACCGUCACAAGGCUCCGUCGUCCACAGCGGUACAGUAGCUCAGAAGCAGAUCGCUCGACCGUCAAGUGCCGACGGACCAAUUCAGAACACACCCGAGUGGAAGAGAAGGUUACUCAAGGGACAGGGUGGGUAUGGAGAGCAGAAGGACUUGUUCAGCCCAAUGGCACUGGAGAAUAUUUUCCAAAAACCUGAUGGCAGCACACCCGGGGAGCCUGAACAACCAAAGAGCAAGCUUGGCGUGUUGAAAAGCUUGAGUGCAAUACCAUCAAGUCCACCUCCUUGGCCUGCUCGCGAUCAGGACGUAAGUGGAUACCCAGAGAAUAGCGAGCGGGAAGUGGAAGCGGAGGCAGAGUCGACUGCGGAACCGGUGCAGGCCGCUAAUUCGUCUUCGCGGUUGUCGGCUGGGAACAACAAAGCUAUCCCACGUACAGUCAGUGGCCAGAUAGAAUUCGAGAAUGAGAACUUCAGCCCAGUCUAUCUGUCGAUGAAUCUCGGGGUCGGCUCAUCCGCGCCCUCUAUUCCGACUUUCACUGCCUCGUCUCUUGCGGAGAGAUUACGGACCAUUGGCACUCCUCCUCCAAUCGUCCAACGCCAGCCAGCUUCUGAAGGAGACUCGACCUCGCAAAACCGGAGCAUGAACGAUUCUUCUAUUUUCAAGUAUCAGGAUGAUACCCUCCCUGCGGACCUUCCUGCCGGCACUCCAGAUAUUGAAAAUAAGUUGAGUCCGUAUGUCGAGAUGAGAAGAGGCGGAUAUUCACAGGAUGAUUCUUUUCGGCGCCGACCUCUCAGUCCUUCUCCCCAGCCGAAGCGGACAGGCCGGACUAUGCUGACUGCAGAGUCUGUUGUGUCUCCUACACGCACGGAAAAAAGCAAGACGGGAGCGCAGGAGGAUGGCGCUGCCCAGCCUCAAAGCCCUUCCAAAAGGCCUGUGACGCCGAGUGGACCUCAGAACUCACAAUUUCUUAGUCCUGAGCGUCCUCAGACGGCUGGCAGCCCCCUCAAACUAUUUGACGCGCACGACACAUUCACAAGCAAUCGCCUGCAUCGGCGACUAAGCCAACUUGAACUCGAAUCCAAAAGAGUGGUUACUAGCGAUACCAAUGCGGAAUCCAGCAGCGUAGCACAAAAGUCUUCGCGAAUGACAUCCUUGGAAGAAGUCAGCAUGCAUCAAAUCACGACGGAGCCUCACAGGAUAUCUCCUGCCCAAAAACCGCAGAUAUCACAGCGUAAGGUUAGCGCGUUUGGUCAGGGUCAGCUAGAUCGAUAUGCGUUUCCCGAAGACUUUUCAGUACUCUCCUCGCAUUCAUCUGAAGGACAAGAGACUUCACGGGACGGCUCCCCUUCCCCGCACAUCGCACCGCCAGGAUCUCGACAGCCGACCGGAUUCCAUUUUGAUGUUUCGCCCGCUUCUUUCGCUUCUUCAAAGACUAGGAGACAAGGCCUUACCCGUGUAUCGAAUCAUUUCCGCGGUAUCAACCAAUCAAGGACCAUGUCGACCCAGGAAGCGUCCGUGACGGAACCCAUGCCAGCAUUGGAAGUCGAACAUGAGUACGCUGAGGGUAAACGCGGUCCCACUUCACCUUUCAAGAACCCUACUCCAAAGAGGCGACGAACUCUCUACUCAGUGACGCAGGAUGAGAGCGGUAUUCUCAGCGACGACGAGUUGAGGCCAACCAACCAUUCGCACGUUGCAAUGCAGUCAGCACUUGGACAGAAGAGAAAGGACGCAUAUCGCGACUUAUCAGGGAACAGAGCCGACCCACAGGUCAUAGCCCAACGCCAAAUUUUGAGACCGCGUAACCCGACCCCUAACCACAGGAUGAGGGAUGAUAUCUUGGAGGCUACAGAUGCAUUCAUACAGUCAUCGCCGGAUAUCCAUACACUAAGAGAGCAGCUAGAGUCAUCAGCCCUCCUAGACACAACCACUGACAAGGAGACGGCAGCUGUGAUUGCACAAGAAAUUGCAGAUUUCACAAUGAAGCGACCCCCUCUCAUCAGAAAUGAAAGCCGCAAGCGGUCAGUCACCACGCAGGACUUCCUUGAUGAAGCGGUCAAGAUUAUGGACUAUAUCCGGGCGAAAGGGCGCCCAACUAGCGGACUAGAGAGUCUAGAGGAAUCCGCAUCUGAGACUCCUCCCCGCCCCAAGGAGGAUCCGUUACCUUCUUCCCCAUUAUCAUUUUCCAGGCCGCCUACCAGAGAGGGACGAAGGUCCAUGUGGAAGGAACCUAACAAACUUGAAAUGGACCCCAAAGUUAUGAGCCAUCUCAGAAGAUUCCAGGAAAGGGAGUCCGAUGAGUUGAUGGGUUCGUCGAUGAGAUCAUUGCAGAUUCCGCAGGCCUUGCAGCCGAUUGAAGGUAAAAGCGUUGUGGUGGAACAGAAUAACAUUCGCAUUACAGACAAUAUAAUCCGUCACAGAGAAGGAACAGAGGCGGAAAAUGCCAACGGGUAUCAUGCUGGGACCAUUGACACCCACCGUUCCGGGAGAUCCUCUAUGGGCCAGACUAUUGCGACCAAUGCCUCACGGAAAUCAGAACAUGUGGCGACUUUGGCGCCAGAGGCCGUGGCGCACUUGAUCCCCGAGCACAUCGCUGGAAUGAGUUUUGAUCGGGAGAAGAAUGCCUGGGUCCGGAACAAGGCCGCUUCCCAUGAACAUCAUACGAAUGGAGUCGCCGCGGCGAGCGAGGACAGCGAGGAAGAUCCCUUGGGCAAUAUCCCAGACCUGACAGUUGAUGAAACAGCUGAAAUCAUGCUGAAAAAUCAGGAAUCCCCAAGCAGACCGCAGGCAACCGCAGAAACAUUUUUGGAAGAUACAGAGGGUCCGAUCUGUGUGCCUCAGGAUGAUUCACGUCCAGUGACUCGUGAGGGACGGGUGCCCGCUCCGACAGACACCAGCUCGGUCCCGUCGAAGUCCUCCAAUAAUUUUGGUUGGAGUUAUCCUAAAACAGAGACACGCGCGACCUCCUGGAGUGACCAAGAGACGUGCAAUAGAGGCACUCAAAGAACCCAGCACCAGCCUUCCACUUACCCCAUUCCUGAGAACGAAGAGGUAGAUGUGGAGCACGAGAUCAAGUAUUUCGAAGGUCGUGGAAUCCCUUCUGCGACCCGGAGGGUUGGCGAUAUAACUUUCUCGCUUGAGGGACAAAGGCAUACCAAUACCUCGAAAGUUAGCAGCGGUCGGCAGUGGUCAUAUGCAGGCAUGCGGCAUGAUUCACGACCUCAAAGGAGGCCUUGGGAUCAAGCUAAGGGGAUAAAGACGCUAUCCACUUCCCCGACUCAGGACCUCCCCGACGAUGGUGAUCUCUCCACCUUGCAUGAACUCCCCUCUCGAAAUUAUCGCAUGCAGCUGUCAAUCUCUGCUCCAGUUCUAGGGCUGCAAGGACAGGAUCUUCAGCCCGUGCUUCCCUCGUCUCCUGCGAAAGCGGACGUGACUUUUAUGCUCAGCGACCUGCCCGAAUUUACUCUUCACCAAGUCGACGAGUGCGAAAUCCCGGAUCGGGUGGUCGUCAAGCAUGAUGGCACCAGGUUUUCAAAAUCUCUUGAAGACCGCUACGCUCAAGGCACUGCAGAUCUCGUCAAAGCUCUUCAAGAUGUGGCUCCUAAAGAGCCGUACUGGGAAGACCUCCGCAAGGUGGAUCUUCACAACAAGGGCCUUACCAAUCUUCAUCGGCUGGACGAGUUCUGCUACCGCCUCGAAGAGCUCGAUGUCUCCGAUAACGGAAUCAGCCAGGUGAAGGGGAUCCCAUACUCAGUGCGCCGGCUUCGAGUCGCUGGGAAUGUCUUAACGGGAUUGACGUCAUGGACUACCCUUAUGAAUCUACAGUAUCUCGAUAUUUCUGGCAAUGAAAUUGAUAGCCUGGAUGGUAUGAGCGAGCUUAUACACCUACGUACAUUGAAGGCGGAUAGCAAUCACAUCAAGUCUCUUGAUGGCAUUAUGGAAUUGGACGGACUCAUGGAGCUGAGCGCGUCCGGGAAUCAGAUCGAGGUCGUUGACUUUACCAAGGCAGAUUUGAUUUCCUUGACAGACUUGAACCUCGCUGGGAAUUCUAUAGUGGAAGUGCGGAAGCUAGGUCGUCUGCCGCAACUAAGAACGCUCAAUCUUGACGACAACUGUAUCGAAGAUUUCCCUAUUGCCGAUAUUCCCGACGAGCAAUGCAAAGCUCUGCGAUCUUUACGCCUGUGCCGGAACGGCAUGCGGACUCUAGAUAUCGGACACUACUGUCCAAGGCUAGAAUCAUUAUAUGUUGACGGCAACCAUCUACCUCACAUUCCGGGACUGGAGCGUCUAAGGUGCUUGCGUACAUUUUCUGCUCGAGAGCAAGCGGUCGAGGACGGUUCUGCCAACGGCUCAUACGUUGGAGACCUGCUCAAGAAUCACGAUGUGCGCAAUCUUUACCUCUCGGUUAACCCCAUACGUGGGUUGGAACUGUCGCAGCAUCUGCUCAAUCUCCAGCGGCUAGAACUCUCUUCCAUGGGACUGGAAGAGCUUCCUAUCGAGUUUGGACAACUGGCGCCGAACCUCCGGAGCAUCAACCUUAACUUCAAUUCACUCAAGGAUCUUCGUCCUCUUCUCAACAUCAAACGACUCACAGAGCUGUUCGUUGCAGGGAACAAGCUCACACGGCUGCGCACGAACCUUGCAGUCCUCGGGAAACUAACUACUCUAACGACGCUGGACUUGCGGGACAAUCCUCUUACAUUACGUUUCUAUCCCCCAACCUCAGAGAAGCGGGUAAUGUCUCUCCGGCACAAGCCCUCCGAGGAGACCGACGCAGACCGCUUUGUACUGCCUCCCGGCGACCCCGAGGCAGACAAGCAGUACCUGCAGCGGCUGGAUUUUGAGACACGGCUUAGGCGGCGCGUGCAGGAGAUUAUGCUUUCGACGCAAUGCAGGAACUUGCGGGAGCUUGACGGGCUUCCUUUUGAUAGAACGCGGAUCCUUGUCAAGGACGAUAUCUGGGAUCGUCUCUCUUAUUUGGGAGUUAUUAGGAGGGCGGAGGUGUCGGAGCAGGACAGGAGUGAUGACUAUGAUCCAUCCAGCAGGCUGGACUAGAUGAUGAUGAGAAACGGGGAAACGGGGGGAAACGGAAUUCAUGAAGUCACGAGGUUGGGUUGGGAGGGCGCAGAGACGGAGACGGAGGCGCAUUGGGUGCAAUCAAAAACGGGAGCGGAGUUUGGUUGCUUUUUCGGCCCUCUUUUUUCUCGGUUUGCUUGUUUUUUCUUGUUAGAUAUACCUUAGCGUUUGCAUUUGUGGUAUGCAUCAUGAGAGCCUGCAUCAUCCCGUGGAGGGAGUUCGGCAAGGGAUUUCUCUGAGGCAGG